GCGGAGAAGAAGAACUGCUCCUGUGGGUUGGUGGGGUGAAAGAAAGAGGAGCUGCACCGCUGAAAAAAUGAAUGACGUCCUGGUUCAAGUCAUUUCCUGCUCAUAGUUUCCAUCUUCCUGGCCAGUUUGCAUUUAUCUCCAAAGAAAUCUUCAGGGAAUGCCAACAAGAGCAACACUUCCGGAGACAUUACAGAUGAGAUAAUGGCACCAAAAAAAACGUCCAGUACUCAGCAAACAUCAUCUGGUUCGGCCCAUACGGUCACACCUGACGGACAAAUCCAGAGUAAUACACUCAAGAGGAAAACUCACCACUGCUCAGACUGUGGUAAGAGCUUUAAUCAAAAGAGUUAUCUCCAGCUACACCAGCGCAUUCACACAGGAGAGAACCUGUAUCGGUGCUCAGACUGUGGAAAGAGCUUUAAUAUUGAGAGUAAUCUCAAAACACACCAGCGCAUUCACACGGGAGAGAAGCCGUAUCACUGCUCAGAGUGUGGGAAGAGUUUUAGAGAAAGAGGUACUCUCAGAAUACACCAGCGCAUUCACACUGCAGAGAAACCGUAUCACUGCUCAGAGUGUGGGAGGAGCUUCACCCAGCUUUGUAGUCUACAGCGACACCAGCGCAUUCACACAGGAGAGAAACCGUAUUACUGCUCGGAAUGCGGGAAGAGUUUUACUCAACAGAACAUUCUCCAACUACACCAGCGCAUCCACACUGGAGAGAAACCCUGUUACUGUUCAUACUGUGGAAACAGUUUCAGAGACAGAAGCACUCUCCGAAAACAUGAGCGCAUUCACACAGGAGAGAAACCAUAUCAGUGCUCAGAGUGCGGGAAGAGCUUCACUAGUCGGAGUACUCUCAAAAUACACCAGCGCAUUCACACCGGACUGAAACCCUAUGACUGCUCAGAGUGCGGGAAGAGCUUUAAUCGACACAGUAAUCUUCUACUACACCAGCGCAUUCACACAGGAGAGAAGCCGUACUACUGCUCAGAGUGCGAGAAAAGCUUCAGGCAUUCAAGCACUUUGAAGACACACAAAUGUAUUAAGAAGGAAACAGAAACAUAUGACGUAUGUUUGUCAGAAAGUAGUUGUUAAUACUGUAGGAAAAAGGACUAAAGUUUUGAGUUGUAUGCCUGUAUUAUCGUGUGUUCAUUAUGGAAAUACUAAGUCUGUGUUCAGACUGCAGGCAAAUUGGAUUUGUUUCUUAAAUCAGAUCUUUUGAGAUGACUGUCCACACUGUUAUGUGCAAGUGAUCGGAUCGUAUUUGUGUCCAGACAUCACUAACCUAUCUGCAUGGGUUGCUGUGGUAAUGACGUAGGCAUCAGUAACUAUGUAGCUACGAGAUAUUUGUUGGCAAAUUGACUUGUUCCGGUAGGUUCCUUUUGCUUGUAUGGAAGUGCAAGAAGACGCGUCAGUCCACAAACUGUUGUUCUCUUCUAUAGCGUGUAUGAGUAGAAAUUCUCUGGCAUAAACAUGAAUCUUUGGAGCUCUUCUUGAAUCCCAGCACUUCAGUCAGCUGGUUUUGACAUUGUUGCUGACACUCACGUUUCAAGUGAUGCAAAAGACGCUUUGAGCAGCCAGAGCAUCCAGACGCAUCGGUAACAAAAUCUGAUUGGCAUUUCAGACACCUCCAAAUGUGGAAUAAUCAGAUGUCAUGGUUUUUUGUUGUCCAGACUAUCAAAACUCAAUCUGGAUUUGCCAAAAAGUCUGAUUUGGGCCAGCAGUUUGAACAAGGCCUUAUUUGCCAGUUUAUUGGCCACUUGAUUACUUUUUGAAGGUUAACCUUUAUGAUGAAACUUUAAACUUUUACAAGUUAAAACGAGUCUUAUAAAGGCCAAUCAUGAAUAAUGCAAGACAAAAAAGUUUGGUUGUGUGAUGCCCAUAUGAUUGUGUUUUUGUGAUUCCUAUGCAUAGAUGUGAUUGUACUUGUGCCUUAAUGGCUGCUUUAGUUUUGUAUUUUUAGUUACUUAUGAUUUGUUUAAACAUGUACCAGUGGUGGCAGCACACCUCUAAAGUGGUGGGGCAAAAUGUAUUGAAAAGCCAUUGAAGUCUGGUAUUGAGUCCCCGUGAGGAAUGUUUCCCAGAUAGUCCACAGAUAUCAGAACAUAUCAUAGGCCUCGGAGAAUGCCUACAGGAGUCCAGAGGAAAUAGCCUAUGGGCAACUGUUAACUGUUAAAUCUGCUUCACAAAGGAUUGUGACCCUGAGAUCUCGUCAUCUUAAGGCUCCACUGUAAGAGACUGUAGUGUCAACAAAAGGAGAUGAGGAAAGCUCAUGCUCUCUCAAUCUAACAUGGUCAUUAUGUUUAUUUAUUUAUUUUUUUUAAUAUUCUUCAUUGACAAAUAGAGUUAGCUUAGUUGAAUUUGAAUAUAGGCGACACUGAUGACAAUUUGUUAGCAAAUUUGCUAAGUUAUACUUUGACCUAUUUUCUGUUUUCAUAUUAAACGUUUUCUUUUGAGUCUGUUCCUCCCAAAGGAGUUUUUCUGCCAAAUACAUUGGACAUGGACAAUUCAGCAAUUUAGUGAAUGUUAUGUUGAAUUUAAAUAUCUGAGUAGAUUUUGCUUUCAAGCUAAGUGGCUUUAAAUUGUUUUUGAAUUGCUAGCAGUUAGAAUUUUAAACAAAUGGCCAACGUUUAAGAAUGGUUAAUUUUUCCACAAAUAAAAGGCUGCGGUAAAUUUGAAUUACUUGCUGUACUUUGUUUUUGUAUUGGCCUCUUAAAGUGUACAUCAGUGUAGCUUUGUUAACAAUAGAUAUGUUUUUGCCAGAACAUCAGUAAUAAUUGACAUCUGCAGAAAUUAAUAAACUGGGUUCCCUACUUCAACAUUA